AUGAAGUUCUUGUCGCUUCUUGCGGAAGCUUGUCUUCUGGCGGCAUCCCUGGUGGACGCCGCGAAGACGGCUCAAUUCAGACCAGCAAACGCAGACGACAUCAGAUUUCGAGUUAAUAUACCCACAUCCACGGCCUCGACAAAGAGAGGGCCGAUUUACUUCCAGAUCAGAGUACCGAGCGGCGUAGAAUGGGUAGGACUGGGCCAGGGCAGCGAGAUGGCCGGCUCAAAUAUCUUCAUGCUCUACUCUGCAGCUACUGGCAGCAACGUCACGCUCUCUCCGCGAGCAGGAUUGGGGGAGUUCAUGCCAGAACAUAACCCGCGGACCAAGGUUACUCUUCUCAGUGGCAGCGGCAUCACCGAGGGACGGAUGGUAGCAAAUGUUCGAUGCGACAACUGUCUGUCGUGGGAAGGAGGACAGAUGGAUCCAACAGACGCUGCCAGCUCGUGGAUUUGGGCCGUCAAGAUGGGCGCAGCUAUCAUGUCAAACGACGUUUCGAAGAGCCUGAUGAUACACGAUACCAUGGGCGCUUUCAACCUGGAUCUGACCAAGGCCGUUGGCGACGAUGAGAACGGCAAUCCAUUCGUGUCCAGCGACGGUUCCAACACCCCCAACUCUGGCUCUGAUGGCACCGUUAUCUCUGACGGAGGACGGAUUGCCAGACGAUCGGCUCACGGACUGAUCAUGUCCAUCGUCUUCCUCGUCAUGUUCCCAUCUUUUGCUCUGACCCUACACCUGAUUCCGGGCAGCAAUACCGUUCCUCGCAUCCACGCGCCCCUUCAGGCAGUCUCUCUCAUCGCUGCGAUUGUCGGUUUCGCUCUCGGUCUUACCAUUGCAAAGGAUCUGAAAAAGCUGGACUCCACGCACGCCAUCAUCGGAAUCGUCGUCAUGGCCUGUGUUAUACUCCUCCAGCCUGCUCUCGGACUGCUUCAGCAUCUACACUUCCGAAAGACCGGAAAGCGUGCCGUACAGGGAAUUCUUCACGCCUGGCUGGGACGAUGUGUAUUUGCUCUUGCCAUUAUCAACGGCGGCCUGGGCCUGAAGCUUAGUGGAAUCGGAACCCCCGGUGUCCCCAGAGCGGGCGUGAUCGCAUACUGUAUCAUAGCAGCUAUCAUGGCCGCCGUAUACAUCUCGGUGGUUCUCUUCAUGUCGAGGAAACCCAAGCCAGCGAAGGAAACUCUUGGAGCUAACCAGGCUGCGAAAGGAAGUGCGGUUGAGUUGGUAGAUAGGUAUUGA